AUGGAGACUGAGCUUGGUUUGAGUACCAGCGAAGCAUUUUCACGACUGUGCAGCACGCUUGAGUCCGAAAUUGCCAAAGAACGUGAACGUCUUUCUGUUGGGCGAUUUGCACUCAGGGAAUGUGCGCUGCUCCACAUCACUGCAUCAAUUUUGUUCCUAGCUAUAACAUUGGGUAAUAUUUAUCUCUCAUCGCGAGUGUACCACAUGCAACGAUUCGCGGCUGUUAACAAGGCAACAAAUAUAUUAAAUUCGUUGAAGUUGGCGAGUCAAGAGGAGUACGAUUACGAGCAUCUCUGUGCACCGAACUCCGAUGCAAUCUCGUUACAGUACACAUACAGAGAUCAGAAGCUUCGCGCCGGCCAACUUGCUCCUUCGCGAUGUAUCAGUGAACAGGGCGAAUUCAUUGAUUUGGGUGAUAUGCCGCAGUAUCCACAAAUGAUAUGUCCGGAAACUCAUGGUGUAAUACCAUUGAAGUCAACAAAAUGGAAAGUUGUGGAGUCGCCGCUAGUUGAGCAUAUACGUAUAGCGUUCGAUAGCAGUCAGAAGAGACGGUCAAAUCUGUUAAAUAGUGAAAUCACAACAACCCUUCACUUUUCUUUGGAACGAUGCCUUUUUCCAGUCUUAUUCGUUUUGCUCUUUGGGAUGUUCUGCUUCCGGAAUUUGGGAUUCGUGUUGGGCGAGCGCUGCAAGCUGCCGCAUUUUGUUCCCAACUCAAAUGCUGUCUCAAAUCGUAUAUUUGUUGAAAAGGUUGAAAAAAGGGAGCGUUAUAAAGGCUCGUUGCUUCCGUUUGGAAUCAGUAGCAUUGCGAGUAGCUGCGCACUGAAUUCUGCUUAUUCAUCGUUUUUGGACCACAUCAGCGCUGUUUCGAAAACUGUACCAAACACGCUUCGCGACUGGAUAUAUAGGAAGACAGAAGUUCUUCAAUCUUAA